AUCGUGCGGAUGUUUUGCGCGCCGGCCGCCGGUUAAUGCUGAACAAGAUACAAGUGUUUGAUAAAAGCAAUAUUCUACUAUCAGAAUGGCUGAUCUUCCUUUUCAAGCGGAAUAUGCUAAAUCAGGGCGAGCCUCAUGUAAAAAUUGUAAACAGAAAAUUGAUCAAGGGACCUUACGCAUAGCUCGUAUGGUGCAGAGUGCUUUCCAUGAUGGUAUGCAGCCCAACUGGUACCAUGAGGACUGCUUCUUCAACAAGCAGAGACCCACCAGCCACACUGAGAUUGGCAACUUUAAUAGACUCAAAAUGCAGGAUCAGAAGAACCUCAAAGCUAAGAUAGAAGAGUCAUCUGGCAUUGUAAUGCCAGAAACAAGUGCGAAAGGAAAAAAAGGGAAGGCAGCUAAAAGACCUGCGUCUGCUGCGCCAACUGGCGCGCUUAGAGACUUCGCUGUUGAAUACUCAAAGAGUAGCCGGGCGACCUGCAGGCAUUGUGAAAUUAAGAUCUGUAAGGAUGAAGUUCGCAUAAGUAAAACUGUGUUUGACACAGAAGUGGGCAGUAAAUACGGCGGGCAGCCGCUGUGGCACCAUGUGAAAUGCUUCGCCGAAUGCAGGAAUGACCUAUUGUUCUUUGCGGGAGGAGAAAGUCUGCCAGGUUUCAAAACCUUAUCUAGUGACGAUCAGAAGAUGGUUUGUGAAGAAAUCAAACCAUUGAAGACAGAUGAAGUUCCAGUGAAGAAAUUGAAGGACGAACCUAAAGAUGCUGCAGAGUUGAAGGAAGAACAAAAGAAAGAGAAAAAGAUGGAAAAACAAAACAAAUUAUACUUCAAGUAUCGUAAUUUGUUGAGCCAACUAUCAAAGAGUGAUUUGCAUGAGUUACUAGAAGAAAAUUCUCAAGCGCUUCCUGCAGGCAAGGAUGAGUGUUUGGACCGUCUAGCAGAUUGCAUGGCAUUUGGCGCUCUUGAAGCUUGCCCAGAAUGUAGAGAAGGACAACUUGUACUAGAAACUUAUGGAUAUAAAUGCACAGGUAGUGUCAGUGAAUGGACAAAAUGUACCUACACCACCCAAAACCCAAAGAGGAAGCCAAUGAUAGUGCCGAGUGCAUACAAAGAAGGUUCCAUAUUCAACAAGUAUAAACUAAAAGUGGACGUUCGUGAAUUCAUGGCUGCACCGCCGCCACCCGUGAUUUUGACUGUAAAGUCAGAGGCAGGACCAAGCGUUAAAAAAGAUAUCCCGAUUCCGCCGCUGAAAAACUUGCAAUUCUUCAUAUACGGCAAGCUGAAGACGCCCAAAGAGGAGAUGAAGAAUCGCAUCCUGAAGUUGGGCGGGCUCGUGGUCAACAAGCUGACUGACACGCUCGCGGCCGUCGUCUCCACUGAGAAGGAUGUUGAGAGGAUGCCCAAUAAGAUGGACGAGAUUAAAGAGAAAGACUUGGAGGUUGUUGAUGAGGCUUUCUUCGAUCUCAUUGACCCAAAGACAGGAACCGUCUCCAACACGUUGGAAUUAAUCAAGCAGCAUAACAUCGCCGAAUGGGGAUCUGGUCCAGAGAGACGUAUUCCGCAAGAUGUCGUUGACGGGAAAUCGAUUCCUAAAUCUGGCAGCAUGUACGUUAAGUCUUCAAAAUCGGCAGUCAAAUUAAAGAUUCAAGGAGGCACCGCAGUGGAUCCCGAUUCGGGCCUGGCUGAAACCGCCCACGUCUACAAGGAUCAAGACGGCACAAAGUAUACCGUGGUUUUGUCCAAAACUGAUAUCGUUGCAAAGAAGAACUCCUACUACAAGCUACAAAUAUUGAAGCACAACUCAAAACAGAAAUUCUGGGUGUUCCGCUCAUGGGGCCGCAUCGGAACUACCAUUGGAGGUAACAAGGUCGAGGAUUGCUCGUCUGUUCAUGACGCCAUCCACAAGUUUGAGGAACUCUACUUGGAGAAAACUCAAAACCCAUGGGAGGCACGCCACCACUUUGUAAAGUUCCCCGAAUGCUAUUACCCCAUCGACGUGGACUACGGCGACGAGGAAGCGGCGCCGGCGGCCCUGGCCGAGGACCGCGCGUGCGCGCUGCCCGCGCCCGUUCAACAGCUCAUCGUCAAGAUCUUCAACGUGGAUACUAUGAAGAAGGUGCUGCUGGAGUUUGAGCUUGACACAGAGAAAAUGCCACUGGGAAAACUAUCAAAGAAGCAAAUUAAAGCUGGAUAUCAAGUAUUAUCGGAACUGAUCAAACUCCUUGAAAAAGGCCAAAUCAACCAGAACAAAGUAGUCGACGCUACAAAUAGAUUCUUCACAUUGAUUCCACAUGACUUUGGAGUGAACAACCCGCCGUUGUUGGACAACGUCGAUUUGAUUAGAAGCAAAACAGAAAUGCUGGACAACUUGUUGGAAAUAGAGAUUGCUUACAGUCUAAUGAAAACAGAGCCUCAAGAAGGCGACAGUCCCCUAGACGCGCACUACAAGAAGCUGAAGGCCGAGAUCGGGCCCCUAGACUGCUCCUCAGAGGAGUACCAGAUGAUCGCCACUUAUCUGUCCAACACGCACGCCGCCACCCACUCGCACUACACGUUGGAAAUUGACCACGUGUUCAAGGUGCUGCGGGAGGGCGAGGACAAGCGCUACAAGCCUUUCAAGAAGCUGCACAACCGCCGCCUGCUGUGGCACGGCUCGCGCGUCACCAACUUCGCAGGCAUCAUCUCGCAAGGUCUGCGCAUCGCGCCGCCCGAGGCCCCAGUGACGGGCUACAUGUUCGGCAAAGGCGUGUACUUCGCCGACAUGGUGUCGAAGUCGGCCAACUACUGCUGCGCGCACCCCAGCAGCCCCGCCGGCCUGCUGCUGCUGUGCGAGGUCGCGCUCGGGAACAUGAAAGAGUGCACCCAAGCCGAGUACGUGGAGAAAGCGCCGGCGGGCAAGCAUUCUCUCUGGGGCCGCGGACGCACGGAGCCCGACCCGGCGGCGGCUCGCACGCUUCCCGACGGCACGCUGGUGCCGCUUGGCGCGCCCGUCACCAGGAACAUCAACACCUCGCUGCUGUACAACGAAUUCAUCGUGUACGACGUGGCACAAGUGAACGUCAAGUACCUGAUUCAAGUGAAGUUCAACUUCAAGUAAUUGUCGACUCGCGGUUUCUUUCAAUCCAUUUGAUUUUCUUUCAAGAAUCUUCUUUCUUCAACAAACUCAUUAUUUUGUUUUUAUUAUUUAAGUGUGUAAUAAUAAUUAAGUCCGCCGUAUUCGUGGUUAUGUGAUAUUCGAUUGUUAAUGUUAAUUGUAUUGCAUUUUAAGUGUCAUUCCGUACCAUAUUGUUAAUUAAACUGAAUAAUGUUGAUUUUUAUUGAAGUAACUAUGAUUAUUAA